AUGAAUGGAAACGGAGUGCUGGCAGCGUUCUGGGCGAUCCUCGCAGUCUGCCUCUCCAACCAGGCGGCGGUGGUGAGGUCCCAUCCACCAUCGAAUUCCAAGUGGCGAGUGGUAGUCGACACGCCUAUCCAUGUUAAGCCUGCCGAUCAAAGUCUCGGCCUGUGGAAUAGGAAACAGAAGCGGUGGGUAUUCAUUGCAGAUUCAAAAGUCUCGAAUGACAUAAGAAUUGGUAAAAAACAAAAACAGACGUGGAAGGGGGCAUGGCGGUUUGCCCUGCCGUCCUCGAUGGAAGUGGAAGGAUGCUCUGGGGAUGAUUCAUGUCAAUCAUCAAGUAAUAGACCCACUCCUUCGCAGUCGUAUACGACCCGGGAUUGGAGCUACUCUCAGGUGCUGCUAGUCGAUGUAGAUAUGUCGGAAACGGUCACCGGAGAUGAUGAUAACCGGAAAAAGAUCUUACGCCAGGUUCUAGUUAGGCUGCCGACGAGGACCACAAGCCGAUAA